AUGGCCGUGAGCUCGCGGCUGCCCGCCCCUCCCGCGCGCGGUCUCCUCCGCCGCUCGCCGCCGCGUAUCCUCCCUGUCGAGCGCGCGCCGCGACGCCUCGCGCCUGGGCUCUGCGCCGUCUCCGGGAGUCCUGGAACCGGCGGAUCGCCCGUGCCCAGGCGUCCGCCGGCACCGGCAGACGCCGCGGCGGCUUCGCCACCCUCGCCGGCGCCCUCCCCGGCUUCGUCGGCCUCCUCGGCCAUAGAUUUCCUCACCCUCUGCCAUAGCCUCAAGACCACUAAAAGGAAAGGGUGGAUAAAUCAUAGCAUAAAAGGUCCCGAAUCUAUUGCUGACCACAUGUAUCGUAUGGCCCUGAUGGCUUUGAUAGCUGAUGACCUACCUGCUGUAAAUCGAGAAAGGUGUAUCAAAAUAGCCAUCGUUCAUGACAUUGCUGAAGCUAUUGUUGGCGACAUCACUCCGUCUGACGGCAUACCUAAAGCAGAAAAAAGUAGGCGUGAACAAGAAGCUCUAGAUGAAAUGUGUGAAGUUCUUGGUGGUGGACCAACAGCUGAGGAGAUUAAGGCGCUGUGGGAAGAAUACGAAAAUAACUCUUCUGUUGAAGCCAAUCUUGUAAAGGAUUUUGAUAAAGUGGAAAUGAUCCUUCAAGCAUUGGAAUAUGAGAAAGAGCAUGGCAAAGUGCUAGAUGAGUUCUUUCUCUCAACUGCUGGGAAGUUCCAAACAGAGAUUGGCAAGAGCUGGGCUGCUGAAGUGAAUUCGAGGAGAACCAAGGGAUGCGGACAGUAACCUCCAGAUUCAAGUCAACUUCAAGGCAAUCUUAACCUAUUGCCGCAGAUACCAAAGGUUGGCAGGCAAUAACGGGCAGAGCAUUGACGAAAACUCUUCGAUCUAGGUUUGGUUAGAGAGCUCAGUGGGCUGAAAUUUUUACUGAGAAUAGUACGUUCUGAACAUUAUUAUGUAUACUGGUAAGGGAUCCAGGGAAGACAUGCCUUUUGUUCACUGGCGCAAUAAAGAGGAUUAACGCCCUUCAGUCUAAGGGUGAUCUCUCUUGCA